GGUGUAUUUCAGGUAUGGAAGUCAAUCUCAUGUUUGCACCAUUUUGGCAAGGGGGCUUUGAAUGCCUCAAUUCAAUCCUACUCUAUAUCUGAAGAGAGUUGGGGUUUACUUGGUAUAGUCCAAGGAUCUAGAAAAGUUGCCUGAGGCUGAUAGUUUGGACAAUCACAUUUCAUUUCAGUAUGAGGAUAUGAAUGCAAUGCAGAGCUUCUCAUUUGCAUCAAGUUUGGACAUGGAAAGAGGAAUCAACAUGCUUUUUGUGCUGGGUGGGAACGGAACUCAUGCUGGGGCAAAUGUAAUUCACAAAGAGUGCUGUAGAAGAGGGGUAAAGGUGGCUGUUGUUGGGGUCCCCAAAACUAUAGACAAUGAUAUUUUGCUAAUGGACAAAACUUUUGGGUUUGACACUGUUGUUGAUGAAGCACAAUGAGCCAUUAAUUCAGCUUACAUCGAG